AUGGCUCUCAUUACAAAUAAGACAGAAAACUUGAUACCAGCACUUUCUCAUUUUAAACCUCAUUUAAAAGCAGAGAUUGAAACUAUUUCUACAGAUUUUAUUGAAUGUAUCAAUAUAUUACCUACAUAUGGAAUUAUUUUACGUAAUUACAUGGACCGCGAGAAAUUUAUUUCAAAUGAUCUUCCAAGAUUUGUAAAAGAUUAUGCUAUAGCAAUAACCGAAGCAUUAAAAGAACGAUUUCCGAACUCGGAACUGUUUGAUGCAUUGAACAUUUUUUGA